AUGGGGCUGGGCGCGAGGGGAGCGUUGAGCAGGGCGAGCGUAGGCCAGGGGGCACCCGAGGGUCCCGGACCCAGCGGCAGCGCUUACAGCUGCAGCAUCCACUCAGGCUGCAUCGCCAUGGUGCACAACGUGCCUCUGAGCGUGCUAAUUCGGCCGCUGCCGUCUGUGCUGGACCCGGCCAAGGUGCAGAGCCUCAUGGACACGAUCCAGGAGGACCCAGACAGCGUACCCCCCGUUGAUGUCCUCUGGAUCAAGGUGGCCCAGGGUGGUGACUACUUUUACUCCUUUGGGGGCUGCCACCGCUAUGCAGCUUACCAGCAGCUACAGCGAGAGACCAUCCCUGCCAAGCUUGUUCAGUUCACCCUCUCAGACCUACGUGUAUACCUGGGGGCAUCCACACCAGACUUGCAGUAGCAGCUUCCUUGGCACCUGUCACCACCUUCAAGAGCC